GGAUGUGGGGCUGUCAUGGAUGAAGGUGGAUCACCUGCGCUUCGCCGCGGUGGUUCAGCGGGGCUAUCUGCAGUGCAGUCCGACACCAUAGAGUCCCUGACCGAGCUGGAUGAUCUUGAGCGAGUGUAUGCGCAGCUAUGUGCCGAAGAGGCGGAAGUGCAGGUGAAGUUGGGCGCCCUUAUGGGACAACAGAGCAACAUAGAAACAAAGAUGCUUGACCUGCAGAGGAUGGGACCCAAUCUGCAGCUGAUCGAGGGGGAUGCUGUGCAGCUCUCUGGCAUGAUCAACUUCACCUGCAGCCUGGCAGAGAACGUCAGCAGUAAAGUCAGACAGCUGGACCUCACCAAGAAAAGGCUGUAUCAAGCUAUCCAGCGAGCAGAUGACAUUCUUGACCUGAAGUUCUGCACUGAUGGUGUUCAGACUGCUCUGCGAAACCAAGACUAUGAACAGGCUGCAGCCCACAUUCACCGCUAUCUUUCACUCGACCAAUCAGUGAUUGAGCUCAGUAGGCAGGGUGGAGAGGGCAGUGCAGUGGAGGCCAGCCUUGCAUUGCUUCAGGAAGCAGAGCGCAGUCUAAAGGCUCUGGUUACCAAGCGACUCGAGGAGGCAGUUACCACAAGUGAUCUGCCCGAGGUGGAACGCUUUUUUAAGAUUCUUCCUUUACUGGGACUCCAUGAACAAGGACUUGCACGGUUUGCUCAAUAUCUGUGCAGUCAGUUAGCAAGUAAGGCAGAGGAAAACUUGCUCUUGGCUGUUGGCUCUGACGUUGGUGAGCGCAGAGCGCCGGUCAUUUUUGCUGACACCCUUACACUGCUGCUUGAAGGUAUUGCACGUAUUGUCGAAACCCACCAGCCCAUAGUGGAAACGUACUAUGGACCAGGCCGACUGUACACACUCCUUGCACACCUUCAAAAAGAGUGUGAUGAACAGGCACAGAAAAUAGUGGACAAAUUCAUUCAACAGCGAGAUUAUUACAAUAAGUUUCAGGUUGUCCAGAGCAACAUGAUGAGGGGCAUGACUACAGAAAAGAUUGAACCCAGAGAUCUGGAUCCUGUGUUAUGUGAGGUCACAGUAAUGAAUUCGAGAGCAGAGCUAUACUUCAGAUUUUUGAGGCGCCGUAUCAUGGCUGACUUUGAGGUUGCAGAUGCAAUGGCAGAUGAAGCAGUCAUUCAAGAGCAUCAGCAGAGUUUAGAACAGUUACUGAAGGAUUGCCAGCUGAGCUGCACUAUGCAGGAGCUGAUUGGCUAUUACAUACCAAUGGAAGAAUACUACAUGAGAGAGUCUGUAAACAAGGCAGUUGCCAUGGACACCGCUGAGGUUGGUCAGCUGAGCUCCAGCAUGGUGGACGAUGUCUUUUACAUUGUGAAGAAAUGUAUCAGCAGAGCUCUAACUAGCAAUAGUUCGGACUGUGUGUGUGCUAUGAUAAAUCAUGCAACUAGCGUUCUGGAGACAGACUUCAGAGAGGUGUUGGUGUGCAAGCUGCGAGCUGGAUAUCCAGUCAGUGCUCUGCAGGACCUGCAGCGUGGGGUCAGCAGUGCCGUCAGUCUGAUGCAAAGCAGCCUGCAGCAAGGCAAGAUAACAAACCUCACACAGACGCUCGGCAUCGAGAGCCAGGAGCAAGCAAAGAACGCCUACUUGGUAACUCUGAAUAAUGUGGAAGUCUGCAGUGAGAAUAUAAGCACUCUGAAAAAGAAUCUAGAGAGUGAUUGUGCCAAGUUGUUCAGUCAGGGGGCAGGCUCUGAGCAUGCUAAGGCUAAGAUAGACAGCUGUUUGUCUGAUUUGGUUAACACCUCGUGCAGGUUUAAAGACCUCCUGCAGGAGGGUCUCCAGGAACUUAAUAACACCGCUAUCAAACCACAAGUAAAACCCUGGAUCAGCAGCUUCCUGUCAGUCUCGCACAAUAUUGAAGAGGAAGAGUUUAGCGAUUACGAGGCUAAUGAUCCUUGGGUUCAGCAACUCAUUGUACAGCUGGAGCAGCUCAUGGCUGAGUUUAAGGUGGGCCUGUCACCAGUCAUCUAUGAUACUCUAUCUAGCCUGAUGACAAGUCUUAUCGCCAUGGAGAUGGAAAAGACGGUCUUCAAAUGCACCUUCAGUAGGCUUGGUGGAUUGCAGUUCGAUAAGGAAUUGCGCUCUUUGGUUGCGUACCUUUCUUCUGUCACCUCUUGGACCAUCAGGGAUAAAUUUGCGCGAUUGACACAAAUGGCAACUAUUCUUAACCUAGAGAGGGUGUCUGAGAUUUUGGAUUAUUGGGGGCCCAACUCGGGGCCCUUGACUUGGCGCCUGACCCCAGCUGAGGUUCGACAAGUCCUGGCCUUGAGGGUUGAUUUCCGCAGCGAGGACAUUAAAAGAUUACGACUCUAACAAAGACACUU